CAUUACUCUACUUGUGCUGACCACUGUAGAAAGUUUGCGUUUAGUGAUCCUGUUGAUCCCGAGCUCCAGCAUCCUUGUCCGCAUCAGCAUCAAUUGACUUGCGAGCAAUGCCAAGGGCUGAAGGAUGUUCUAAAGGAAGUGAGACUAGCGACUGAAGGGUCAUCAUGGAAGCCUUACAGUUGCAAACAAAGAGAAGAUGUCCUUUAUGACUUUGAUGGUGCACAGUCAGACAUCUUGUUGUGGAAAGCACACAUUGUGCUCUCAAUAAAUCAGGAGGAGGCGAAACAAGAUGCACUGAAAUCAGAAGACCCACAGUCAGCCAUUCUGAUCAUGGACUGGGCUAUGAAGUUCCUCCAAAUAAAAUUUCGUGAGAAACAGUCUGAAUGGUUCGGAAAACGGGGGCUGAGCUGGCAUAUUUCCACCCUUGUAACUAAGAAUGUUGACUCUGGAAAAAUUGAGCUGAAAUUGUAUGCUCAUAUCCUCGACUCUUGCCAACAAGACUGGUACGCAGUGUGCUCAAUCAUCGAAAACACGCUUGAGGUUGUAAAGAAAGAACAUCCCCAGAUUACCCAAGUGAACCUAAGGAGUGAUGAAGCAGGCUGCUACCACAAUAACUUUCUCUUAGCCGCCGUUAGAGAUGCCGGAAGACGAGUAGGCAUUGAAGUAGCACGGUAUGACUUUUCCAGCCGCAGUAUGGAAAAGAUAUGUGAUAGAAUCCUUUGUUCAAUGAAACCAUCAAUCCGACGAUAUUGCAAUGAGGGACACGGUGUCAUUUCUGCCAGAGACAUGCGUGUAGCGCUCUCAGAAUGCCCUGUUCAAAGUACAACUGCCUCCGUGUGCGUAAUAAAUGAGACUCAAAAGACACUCAAAGUACAUAAGAUAGAAGGUUUCAGCAAGUAUCACAAGUUCAAGCUUGAAGUGGAAGGAAUUAAAGCAUGGAGAGCUGAUGGUGUUGGACUGGGCAGGUUUAUUCCUUACCGAGAAGUCAUAACUGAACCUCAAGGUCCUACUGACCUCAUUGUGCAUGAGAACUUCUUUCCACUCAUAGAAGUUCGAGUAUAUAAGAGAGAGACAAACAGUGAAACCAAACAAUGCAACGGUCUUUUCUCUUGUUCUGAGCCCGGUACGACAUGGUUUUCAAGAAAUUCAGUGAACUUGAAAAUCACCUCGAUGCUGAUGAGCACAGCCAAGUUUACCGAAACUCUGAUACGGUGUAUGACAAGCUCAGAAGAGACUGGGAGGAGAAAUUUCGUUCUGUUGAUAAGGACGAAGAAAUCAGAAGCGUGCCUAUAGCAGUUGGAAAGGAGCGUCACAAAAAGAAUGAAACUGGCCGCUCUCCCCAGUGGAGUGACUUGCAGACUGGAUGGGCUCUACACAAGCCCCGAAACAAAGCUGUGCAUUUUCCUACCGAG